GAAAAGUCAUGUUUUCUGCUGCUGCUGGCUGUCCUUGUAAUGAGCAGCGACCAUUUUCGCUUCGCUGCCAAACGGUCUCACGUAUCUUCACUUCACGCCAGCGCUAAAAAGGUGAUGGUGUCGUCAUAGCUGCUGUCUGCUUUUUUUAUUUACGCAUUUCCACUUCCUCGUCUCGGUCUCUUUCUCUUCAUGGGUGAAGUCCAUCUUUUCCAUCGGUUGAGAAGCAGAAGAAAAGCGCGAAAACAAGUGUGUGUGUGUGUGUGGAGGGGGUAAAGACGAUGGGACGCACAGAGCGCCAACGAAACGACGAGAUAUGCAAUGGAGUAUUGUUUUUCUUGUUUUCUUUUUUUCCCCUCCCCUUCCCCCUCCCCUUUCAGUCAGUGACGUAGCGCGCGCGAGAAGGCUACCGUAAUGUGUGUGUGCGUGUGUGCGUGUGUGCCUGUGUGUAUGUGUUUGCUUGCGUAGUUGCGUUGCGUAUGAUUUGUGCAGGGAUGGCGAAACCCCGCUCACGGGUUUAUCCGAUUGUUUGUCAUCGCAAAUUAAAGAUUUGCAUGUGCGCGCGCGCGUGUGUGUGUGUGUCUAUGCAUUUUCAAAGUAGCAUUAUAAUGCAGGAAACAACACCGAACCAUGGCCGAGCGCGCCAUACACACAAUCGACCGUGGAAGGCCUUGGGCGAGCGAAUUGCGUCACCAACACACAGUAAAGCAAACACACACACCGUCGUCUCGACACAGACACACACACACGCGGCUGAGGGUGGUUUCUUUGGUUUCGAGAAAGGGGAAGGUCCGCCCCGGAAUGUUUCUGGCCCGUCCACAACACCGACCACCGUCGUCCGCCCGAGCCAGCGUGCGACGAUAUCGACCCUUCUGCGUGUGUGUGUGCAGCGGCAGCGAGCACAGUAAAAUACACACGCGCGCGCGCCACAACACAAACUCCGCACACGCACGGCGGCCCUCGGUCACAGUAGCCACACCAUCGUCGCCACAUAAAUAAACACGCACCAGCAGGGGCGGGGAGGCAAACAACACAUUCACAGACGGUGCAGCGCCGCACGCACACCAUCGAGCGCACGUGUUUUUAUCCGCGCCAGCCCUUUUGCGCCCUGUUUUCGGCACAGACACACACACACACACACAACCCCAGACAUGAGGACGGUAGAAAUGUCAAACACAAAACAUACAUCCAUCCUCCCAUCGCAUGUGGCAGGAAGUUCCGCAGAUCCCGGCAGCAGCCAGUCCCGCUACACGCGCGCGUGCUCGACCACCGCGGGAACCUUGGAAAAGUGCAAAUUGUCUUGCCGCGACCCCAGGAAACGACCCGCACCGAUCGGCCACCGUCACACAAAGGCUGACGACAAAUCGCUGCUGGCACGAUUUUACCACGCCGAUCGUGCACUGACAGCGAUUGCCAGCGAGCUGGACAGUUUCGAUGGACGGGCAGAGCCCGUGCGCUGCACACGACUAGUGAGCCGACUGCGCCAGGGUCAGGAUCGCGUCCUCGCAAUCACCAACCAAAUCAUGGACGAGCUGCUCGGCGACGAUCGGGCCCAGCGUGCCUUUCGCGUGAAGUUCCCGGAGGAGGUGCUGCAGGAAAGCCUGGCCGGGCAGCUGUGGUUCGGGGCGGAGUGUCUGGCAGCCGGCUCGUCGAUACUGAACCGCGAGGCCGAGUCGGCAAAGAUGCGCCCGCUCGCGAAAGCGGUCACCAAGAGUCUGGAGAUCGUGCGGAACCGGCUACGGGAGCAGUGCCUUCGCAACAACACGCCGAACAGCCCGACCCUGCGGCUGGACAUUAACGAUGCGGCCACCGAGCAGCUGUACGAAAGCUUGAAGAUAUUCGACCGGCUGUUUGCCGAGUUCGAGCUGGUGUACGUCAGCGCGAUGGUGCAGGUGAAGACGAAGCAGGAGUACGAAAUGCAGGAGCUGAUCUGCGUGCUGUUCUCCGAGACGCUGCAGCGGGCGCUCAAGACCGGGCUGCUCGAGCAGGAGCAGGUGGAUUCGUACGAUCCGGCGCUGAUGUUUUCGAUACCGCGGCUGGCCAUCAUCGCGGGGCUGGUGAUUUUUCGCGAAGGUCCGCUCAACAUGGACCAGCCGGCGGACAACAUCUCGGAGAUGUUUCGCCCGUUCCGGAAGCUGCUGAUAAAGAUGCGCGACCUGCUGCACGCGCUGACGAAGCAGGAGCUGUAUCAGCUGGAGAAGCUGCUCUGCACGAACGAGGAGAUUAGUGCGAGCGAACAAUUGAUCUGUGAUGAAAAGGGUAGAAGCGGCGGUGAUGGUGGCAGUGGCAGUGGCGGUACGGCCGCUGCUAGUGUGAAAGAGUUUGACGCGCUGGAGCCGGUCGGUGAAAGCCAAGAGCAUGUGGUCAUCGUAACAACGGUCACGACGACGAACGCGCCAAAUGUCGUCGGUGACGGGCCGGGUGCGACUGGGUGUACCGAUGCUACCAGCGGGGCCGAUGGACGUUUGCACAUAGUUAGUCAAGGGUAUGGCGUGAGCACGGGUGCAACCGGUAGCAGCGGUUUCGGCAGUGGCAGAGGAGGCUGCAGUAGCAGCAGCACUAGCAGGCCGAAACAACGUCACAACCAGGCGCAUUUGCGGCAGAGAGGGGCGCCGCGACAUUCCAGCCAAUCGUUCGGACCGGAAGCUAGCUACGCCGGGGACGACCGAGUGCCCGUGGUGGAGGAGGACAAUAACAAUCACCUGCGGAAAGAGAUCGAAGAGGAGGACGUGGAUGAGGACGUGGAGGAGGAGGAGGAGGAGGAUGAGGAGGAGGACGAAGUUGACGAUGACGCGAUGCUGAAGGACGGGCUCGUGACGACAGACUGUGCUUCGGGCUACCUGAUACCAAACACCAACUUUGGCAACUUGCUGCAGACGAACGAGGCACCGCUGACGGACAGCUUCAUUGCGACGGACGACGAACUGCGGCUGCUCGGGGCCGAAACGGCGUCUUCCCCCCCGGCGAUGACGCAGGCCAACAUUGAUAGCAUUCUGGCAGCGAGUGCUGCGGGUUCCGGUGGCCAGCAGCAACAGCAUCAGCAACAGCAGUUGAUAGAUUCUGACUCCGGCCACGGUACGGCAAAUCACAGCACGGACAUGUCGCCGGAACUGGAGACCGAGCGGACUGUAGUGGCGGUUAGGCAGCCAAACGGUGCGCCACUGGACGGUAGCGCCAGCAAGCAGCAGCCCGUGCGCGAUCGAUCGAGAAGCGGCAGCAGCACCAUGCACAAGCAUGCCGAAAUCAGUGAAUCGUCCAGUGACUACGAGGAAGCGGACGUGGACGACGAACCCGACGAUGUGGAUGCGGACGAUGACGACGAAGAGGAGGACGACGUGGUUGGGGAGGUUGAGGAGCAGAAUGAUUCAGAGCCCACGUUUAACAGAAAGGUCGGUGGCGCGCCCAAGGAAGCGUUUCGCAGCCAGCUCAGAUGCAAGGCGGCGAGAAAUCAUCGCAAAUCGAGCCACCAUCGUCCGCGGCCAUCGACCUCAUCGAGCUCGUCGUCGGCGGCCUACCGUAAUAAGUCUCAAUCUCAUCAGCACCACCACCACCAUCACCACCAUCAUCAUCAUUCCUACGCCGAAUCGGCCGAGGGUACCAGCUCGGUCGUCAGCACUAUUACCACCAGCAACAACAGCACAUCGAACGGAAGCACCCGCCACCACAGUCGAAUGCAGCAGCAGCAGCACCAGCAGCAGCGCAAUUCAUCCUCCAGCUGUGAUACAUCACCGACGCAGAGCGAAUGCAGUGAUGCGCAGGAGGUGGCGCUCGCCAUCCGAGCGGCUGGACGAAAUAAAUUCAAAUCAACGGAAAACCUGCUGCACCGUCUGUUCGUGUGCAUUGCCGGCGUGGCCGAUCAGCUGCAGACGAACUUUGCCGCCGAUCUGAGGAAGAUGCUGCGAAGCGUGUUCAUCAUGAACUCGUCCCCGCCCGAGCCGGACGAACCGCCGGAGCCGAACGGCAGCGAGGAGGAGUCGAAGGACAGCCAGCACAACCACCCGUCCGAUCUGUUCGAGUUCCGGGCCAGCGAGCAGGACGUCAUCACGGCCGACCAGCAGAACCACAGCGGCGGCUCCAGCCAAAGCAUCUACUCGGCCGAGGAGGCGAACCCCGAGCAGGAUUCGGUGUUCGGUUCGUCGGGUGAUUCGUCCCCGGUGCGCCGCACGGCCAGCGUCGAGAGCCGGAACGUGACGGUGAACGUGUCCGUGUCGGUAGUGGCCUCCUCGCCCGUCGGUGCGGGCGGAGCAGGUGGAGGGGGUAUGGUCGGGGGCAGCCGGACGGCGCAGGAGCGGAGCGUGAGUCUGAGCGAGGCGUGCAUCGUGGUCGAGGGCGGGAAAGCGUCGGCCGGCGGCGGUGGUGGUACCCGAAGGCACAGUGCCAGCGGGUCCAAAAACGACUAUGGCCGCAGCCGCAGCAGCCCGAGCAGUCCCGUCAACAGCAAUACUGGUGGUGGUGGUGGUAAUCAUCACAGCUCCGCCCAUCACACGGCGCACGAGCAGCAGCGACGGAUGCCGGAGGAGCCGCCGAGAUGGAUUCCGGACUGCGAUGCGCCGCGGUGCAUGGCCUGCGCGUCGGCCUUUACACCGUUCCGCAGAAGGCACCAUUGCCGCAACUGUGGCGGCGUGUUUUGCGGCGUGUGCUCGAACCUGUCCAAACCGCUGCCAAAAUAUGGUUUGACCAAGGCGGUUCGCGUGUGUCGGGAUUGCUACAUCCACGAGGUGGGAGUGUAAUAGCGUUCGGUGGAGUGACGAACGGCAGUGGCGGGUUUGGAUGAGAAUGCCGCCCAGCUAUAGCAGAAACUCCUUUCCGCCGAGUGCUGUGCGCUUUAUUAGGCGCUGGACCCCGGGGCACGUUAGGAGUGUCGGGUUGGCUGAGGCUUUCUUUUAGGCUGCUGCUUCUGCUGAUUUGAUUUUUGUUGUUUUCCCACAUGAUUUUCGGGGGGGUUUUGUUUGUUUCACCAGCUUGACACUGCGUACUUUUGACGAGCGGAAGCUAUACGUUUAUGUUUCAGAUAUUUUGAUGCAGUUAUUUUGAUUUUGUUUACUCAAACCAUUUGUGAUAUACUUUCAUCAUUUGACCAUGUACAGUACACGCACCUUGCGAGCGAUUUGUGCUUUGUUUAUUUUACAUUUUUUCCCUUUGUUCUGUUUGUUUGUGUGGAUGGCGUUGAUCGGAACCCUUGCGUUCUUCGCCAAGCACAAUGAAACGUGCGCGAUUUACAUCUUGCGAAUAAUUCUACAUUUGUUUAUCAUUUGAUUCGACGCAAAAAAUAUAUGUUUUGUAAAUGUUGAUACGGAAAAAUAGCAACAAAAAAAAAAUCACACAAUUUGACCAAUUCAUAACACCAAGAAAGAGAGAGAGGAACGUCCCCGACAGCGCAACAGGGGAGAGCGCCGUUCGAUAUAGUUUAAAGGCAAGCCAAUCAAAAGAAAACAAGAAACAAAAAAUAACCCUCAUUGCUCAUUGAGUGUGCAGGGUUGUUGCGGCUAUCGUUACACGUGACGCGUAUUCCAUUUAAAAUCCCCAAAAAAAAACCAAAACAAAAAACCCCAACGAAUAAACUAUUAACAUUUGCUCUAUCAAUAUUCAGCUCCAAAACACAUUCCCUCCCAGCUGGCAAGUUUGCGAACCACCACUCCCUACUCAAGCAAAGGCUGAGAUAUUGCUGCAACCGGCCGGUUUUGUUGGCACGGUUUUCCGGCAAGCCAACACGAAGAAACACGUGAAAAACGGAAGACUUUGUUUGUUAUACCUAUUACGUAUGAUUUUGUAUGCACGAUUGAAUCAAUGCCAGUUUUCGCAUUUUCGGUUGUGGCGUGGAUUUGAUGCUAAGUGAGAACGAAAGAGAGAACGAGAGAGAGAGAGAGAGAGAGAGAGAGAGAGAGAGAGAGAGAGAGAGAGAGAGAGAGAGAGAGAGAGAGAGAGAGAGAGAGAGAGAGAGAGAGAGAGAGAAGAGAGAGAGAGAGAGAGAGAGAA